UAUAAAUACGAAUCCCACUGUUUGGGGUCUUAUUACACUCCGGAGAAACAUCAGUGUAAGUUUUCAAGACUGGCUAAAAAAGCUGCAAAACUAAAAAAAUGGCAUUUAAAUGUUGGAUUUCGGGGUUAUUGCUGGUUAUGAUUAUGAAUUACAAUGGAGGAGCUAGUGUGUCAGGAUGUCAAGAUGUAUUAGAUAUAGUAGUUGUUGUUGAUGGUUCAGAUAGUAUAUCAGAAGCCGAUUUUAGUAAACUAAAGCAAGCUAUAGUAGAUCUAACAAUCCGACUUAAGGUUGACAAAAGUUAUACAAGAUUUGGUUUGGUUCUAUACAGUACCACAGUAUCGGACAAAAUCAAUUUCAGUGGCGAAAAAAACACGCUUGCUUCUCAGAUUGGUGCACUCAGACAGCCACGAGAUGGUACCAACACUCACCUGGGUCUAUCCGCUAUGAUUGAUAUGAUUCAAGGCAGCGGAAGGAGAGGAGUUGAAACUAUUGGUAUAGUUAUUACUGACGGAAUCUCUAAAGAUAAACAAGAAACCGCUAGACUGGCUAAUCUAGCCAAAACCAUAGGGGUAGACAUGUAUUCCGUUGGUGUUGGAAAUGAACUCGACGAACCCGAACUUCAAACCAUCGCCUCCAGGCCUCAACAAAGUAUAAAAUCCCAAAAUUUCAGCACUUUAGGUGCUACCCUUUCAGAUCUUUUGCCCCAGAUUUGCCCAGUUACAACAACCACUACAACAACAACCACUACUACAACCCCAAGACGUACAACUACCACGAUAACACCACCAACAACAACAACCAGAAUAACUACCCCGGGAACAUCUGUAACAGAUAAGGUCGGUGAGCUAGAUUCAAAGUUGUGUGAAGGAUGUUUAAUGCCAAAUGGAAUAGGAUAUCUUCCCCACCCAACAAACUGUGAAAAAUUCCUUCAAUGUACUAUUGAAGAUGGAACCGUUAAAGCCCUUGUACGGUCAUGUGGAGUGGGACUUUUUUGGGAUAUGAAAAAUUUUAUUUGUAACUAUCCAGAUGCUGUAAAUUGUACUUCAGAUCCUUGCCGAAAUCCAGGAACCACACUAUACAAAGUAGAAGAUAACUGUCGUCAAUAUCGUUCUUGUGCUGACAAAUCAUUUAUACCUAUGUGCUGUGAUAGGGGUUAUUCAUUCAAUGAUCUGUUAAAAAGCUGUCAGCGUGAUGCAGGUUGUACAGAUAUGUGCCCAGGAGAAGCUAAUGACCAGCCAAACACAGAUUGUAAUAAGCGUUCUAUCGCCGGUAAUCCAUCUUACUUUGAAGAAAAUGUUCCCGGAAUUGGAUGGAUGAAAAGACCAUGUGGAGCUGGUGUAGGAUUUAACCCAACUUCGUGUGCAUGUACGGAUUUCUUAGAUGUUACUGAAGCUACUACUUCAACAUCAGUAUCAAAUGAAUGCAAAGCCACAGUUAAGCUACCAUUUGAUAACGGUGUAGUAGACGAAUCUGGUAAUGGUAACUGGGUUGAGAAUGUAGGAGUUGUAAUUGAGAACGGUGAAGCUUAUUUCGAUGGUAAUAGCGGCCUGAGAAUCCUACGUUUCUCCAAUGUUGCUCUUGGGUCUACGUUUACGAUAAAGAUGAGGUAUAGGACAGAGGGUACAGUUUUAGGACAGCAAGCUCUGGUAACUAAUCGUGAUUGUGGUAAACCAGGUUCUGUAUCUAUUCUACUUGAUCAAACUACCACUACUUUUGGUAUGAGAACAGACGGUGGUCAAAGUACUAACGUCCCAGUACCCGUAGGAACACAGAGUCAAUGGAAAGUCAUUGAAUACAGAUUAGUGAAUGGUGUUUUAAUUGGUCAAGUUGAUGGUAACACUCAACAAAUGGGAACUAGUGGUAUGAUUGGUCGAAGUGAAUGUGCUCUGCAGAUUGGGCGUGGUAAUACAUUCAGUAACUUCAAGGGUUACAUUGAUUACAUCGAGGUAUAUAUGUGUUAAAAGUUGACAAGAUUUCGAAAGAGUGAAACUAUAGAGUAGAAAAGUGUCAACAUAUAUUAUAGGACGGGUGGAGAUACCAUUGGAAUACGAGAUCGAAGUUGUUCAAAUUUGACAAUUUUUUUAAUUUAUUUGAUCGUGCUUAAUUUAUUGUUCUAUUUUCCUGCCAAUGAAAUACGAAAUUAAUUAUGACUAGUCCUGUUAAAGUAACUAACAUGUACAUUGUAAUACUUGCCUUUUAACACAAGCAUUAAUUGAUCAUUUUAAAUAAUCGUUGCUGUACGAUAAGGAAUAAUUUAUAGUUACAACUUAAUUGUGCCAUUGUUAAUGUUGAAUAGAAAUAAUCUAAUGUAUAAUGUCAUUACUAGUAAGGCCAUAUCGGAUAUAAGAAUCUCAAUAACAUUUGGUUAUGUUUGUUUCAGAAAUUUAAUGUAAUGCCAUGUUAUGUCGACAAUGUCAGAUGAACCUGUUUUUUAUAUUUAUUUAUCUUUUUGUAUUUUUUCUAAGCAAAUAAACGAUAUUUCGUGUUA